GCGCCAUUCGUUAACAGCCGUGCGAGGUUAAAGCAACAACCCAGCAACCCACCCACAAUUCACAAAAAAAACCAACCCACACACACAAUUACAAAAAAGAAACAAAAUGGGCAGCUGUUGCUCAAAGGAUUUGGAUGAUAAGCGCUCAUGGAGUCCCGAGGAGACCAAAAAUGGCAGCACCACAUCGACUAUCAUAGCACAGCCCAUGGAUGAUGUGGGCACAACGGGUGUUUUUACGUUAACGCGCACAACAACAACAACGACAACAACAACAACGAAACAACAGCAACAACAAGAACAAGAACAAGAACAACAGCAACACACAACAGCACAUGCAGUUGAUGCUGAUGCAGAUCCUGAGGCUAAGCAGUAGCCACACGCUCCAACACUCCAAAAGCUCUUAAUUCCAAUUUCCUUCUAUUUUUUUUUGUUUUACUUUUUUUUUUUUACCUAAUUCCAUAAUUUUGUUAACUAAGCAUAUAUGUACAUACAUAUAUAUAUAUAUAUAUAUACCAUAUAUAAAUAAUUUUUUUUUUAAAGAAACAUUUGUGACAUGUGUGUUUGCUUGGCAAGAGGCAGAGGCAGAGCCAGAGCCAGUGCGUGCGUGUGUGUGUUUGUGAAUAUAUGUACAAUGAUUAAUACGUUGUUGCCAGCUAAAGAGUACUGUUAUUAUUAUGCUCAAAGAGAGUUGAACCGUGUAAUAAACAAUUAACGGUUAGCGUUUUCAACAA